AUGUAUCUUUUAUCCGUCAGUCUCUUAUUUAUCCUGAUGUAUACACGCAUAAAAUCAAUUAAUCCGGAUUGUCGUUGUUAUUUAUUCACCAGUCAAAUUCACGCCAAUGGAACAUUUAAAUCUCCAAAUUAUAAUAUGAUUUAUGGAACAGUUGAACAGUAUGAAUGUAUAGUGUACACAUUCAAAGCUAAACCAGAUGAGAUUGUACAUAUAACAUUCACCAGCUUUUACUUAUCACGCCUUCUUCUACUUCAUCCUUCAAUUUCAUCUUCUAAACAAUAUCAUUAUCAACAACAAACAAAGAAAAAUUUAUGUUCAGAGUAUAUAAGAAUAUAUGACAAUUUGGAGGAAAAUGAAAUAGGCGCCAAUGAUGCAUACAGUUAUGAAUUAUGCGGUACACUGAAUGAAAUGGAACAACACCAUUAUAUCUCAAAGAAGAAUAUCCUAAUCAUAGAAGCACGUCUAUCGACAACUGGUUCAACAAAUUCAAAAUUCAAUGGUUUCACUGGAAAAUUUAUUUUUCAACCUAAAAAUCGAUAUACAAGUGAUGGUCAACAUGUAACAGGAACAACUUGUGAUCGUUUAAUUAAAAGUCCAUUUUAUGAAGAAAAAUCAAUACAAUCGAUAACAAAUCGAUCAAGUAAAUCAAAAUCCGGUUAUUUCUUUAGUCCUAAUUAUCCUGAAAAUUAUCCUUCAAAUAUAUUGUGUAAUUAUUAUUUAAUUGGUCAAUCGCAUGAACGUGUUAUCCUCAACUUGAUCAAUGUACAAAUACAAAAUUCAGUUAACAGGAGCAGUAAACUCUCUUCAUUUGGUGAUUAUUUGCAAAUAUCUGAAGCACAGAAAAGUCAGCUGUCAAUAAAGUCUACCGGUGAUUCAUCCUCCAAAGUAUUUUCCACAUCAUCACCGUUGAAUUCAUUUUAUCAUUCAGCCAAUGUACCGAUACUUCAACCGACUCAAAUUAUUCAACACAUAUCUGGUAAACUCACGAACGAUGUACAGAUUAUCUCUAAAGGUCCAUGCAUGCUUAUUACAUUUAGUAGUAAUAAUGAUGACAGACAAUCACAAGGCUUUGAGGCUAGAUACCAUUUUGUACACAAAAAUCAAGUGAAACCGACAAUCACGAACGGUGUAAAUGUGAAAGGCUUACUCGUUAAUCGUGAGUUAUCGAGUAACAGGCAUAUUGAUGACAAUGGUGGAAUGGAUUUUGCUUCUUCUGACAUAGCCAUUGAAAAAAAUCCAUCAAUUCUUCAGGAAAAAUUUAUUCAAUGGGAUAAAGAUCCAUCCAGUGGGAAAAUAUAUUCCCCAGGUUAUCCAGAAGUAUAUCCACCGAAUCAAAUAAAAGAUUAUAUUUUCGUGGCACCACAAUCUGGAAAAGUACGCAUAACACUUCAAACAUUGCAAUUAGAUACAGAGAAGGCAAUAAAUUGCAGAAUUCAUCUCGGCGACAGAUUAGAAAUCUACACCGACUUAAAUCAAACUACAAAUCCAUGGAUUGUAUUAUGCGGUACCAAAAUAUCAUCGAAAUAUCAAGCUAUUGAAUCAUUGAAUGAAUUUCUUAUGCUACGCUUCAUAUCAGACAGUAUAGUGUCUAAUACAGAAAAAGGCUUUGAAUUACACUAUGAAUUCAUCAAUUUCACGGAUACUGCUACAACCAAUGUUCCUUUGAAUACUACAACUACUAACAAGAAUAUAAGUAGCAUGAGCAAUUAUCGUGAUCAUCAAGAGUCUAUACAACUCGAAUCAAAUUUAAUGGAUGAUAACAGAUAUGAAUUACUUCAAAAUUUCAACAGCAUUCUAGACAGAUCAAGUACAACUGACGGUCAAAGUCAAAUUAAUGACAAAAAUCAGAAUUAUGAUGUACGCAUACAGUCAUCUUUAACAAAACCUGUCAAUGAAGUCAGCAUGCAAGUCAAAGAGAAUAGUGAAAAGAAAACGUGUUCAUUCAUAAUUGAAGCUAAUGAUCAACAAUGGUCAUCAACAUUCCAAAGUUUUAAUUUAAAGGACACCUUAAUAAAGUAUCAUGAAUCCCAUUAUCGUAAUGAUAAACACCAUGAAUCAUUGUUAUGUAAUUGGAUGUUAAUUGGUAAACGAAAUCAACGUGUUCAAAUUCGUCUGACCUCUAUAAACUCUAUGGUAAAUGAAUAUUCUGAUAAUUGGAUGAGAACGAGGCGGAAGAAUACUAAAGAGAAGCAGCUAGAAGAGUUGGACAUAUCAUCAACUGGACGAAGUACAACUUCUCGUUUUAGUAGCACUGUCAUUGGACCAAGUUAUAAUGGACCGAAAAUCAGAUGUGAUACUCCUUAUGUAAUCAAAAUAUUCAACUAUCGAAUCCAGUCUACUUCUAUAAAUCAACCAACAUUUUCUAAAAAUUAUUUAUUCCCAAGAAUCAAUCAUAAAUCUAAUGAAAUAUUCAAUAGUAAUAAUAAUAACAAUCACAAUCAAUUUGUGAAUGGAUUGAAAUCAGAGGAACAAGUAACUAUCUGUUUAGGAUCAACGCUGGAUAUUGAUUUAAACAGAGCUAUUUACAUGUCUGGUUAUAUUCCACGCAUGAAUAUAUUACUCUAUAGGAAUAAUUUUACUAAUGGCGGACAGUAUAAUCGACCAAUGACAAGCCCCACCUACUCACCGUCAUCCUCAGCAUCGCUGUCAGCAUCACAUUUAUUAUCCAAGUCACAGUUAAAAUCUCCUUCAAUGUUCAACAAAUAUUCAUUUAUAACAUAUGACAUUGAAUAUAGAUUUGUAUAUGAUUAUGGAGUGAAUAAAUCGCAUGGGAAACAAAUUUCUCCAGACUGUGAUUUCAGCUUUCAUAGUUCUACAUCGAAAUCUGGUUUCUUCACUUCACCAAAUUAUCCUGGACUUUAUCCAGUUGAUAUAAUCUGUGAAUAUCGAUUGGUUGGUUAUCAAAAUGAAGUGAUCGACUUAGAAUUUCAAGAAUUCGAUGUAGAAAGUAAUUCCGUAAGAUGUUCAACGGAUGGAGAUGGUGAUUACGUGGAAAUACGCAGUUGUUCAACUUUAUCAAUCUUAGAUUUAGGCAGAAAGUAUUAUUGUCAAAAUGUUGGACAGUAUAAGAAUAAUACAAUUCGUAUUAAUUGGAGAAAAUCUUGUCUAAUUAUCAAAUUCUUUUCAAAUAGUAUGAUUGUUCGACAUGGUUUUCUAGCAACAUAUAGAUUUUCAGUUUCAGGAGCCAAUUCACUUCGAUGUGGUAAUAUAGGCCGGUUAAUACAGCUAUCAUUAUUAUGCCUAACAUUUAUACAUUUUCGUGUAUUUAAAACUUUGCAAGUGAAAUCACUGAAUGGUGUUUAACAAUAUAUAUAUAUAUAUAUAUUUAUGUCUUGAGUGAACAAAACGAAUCAGUCUGUAUUUCAAUAUUCAAUAUUCUCUGUGAUUUAUUACACUUCAGAACUUGUUCAACAUUCACUAUAUAUAUUUUUUUAUAUAAAUGUAAAGAAAAAGUAAAGAUCUUUGUAUAAAUUUUAAAAUAUUUUUGAGAGCGUGCGUGAUAAAUAAAUAUGACGCAAGGCGUACGUACA